AUGGAGUGUCUAGCAUGGGAUUACUCCGAGAUGCCCGAAUUGGCGCGCGAUUUGAUAGAACAUAGGUUGCCUAUUAAGAAAGGGUUUAAGCCGUAUAAGCAACCACAAAGGAGAGUGAGUCCAGAAUUGAUGCCCCAGAUCAAAGAAGAAAUUGAGAAACUGUUGAAGGUGGGAUUCAUUCGACCAUGGUUAGACAAUAUUGUUCCGGUAACCAAGAAAAAUGGAAAGAUUCGAAUCUGCAUUGAUUUCAGAGAUCUCAAUCUCGCCACUCCAAAAGAUGAGUAUGUCAUGCCCAUAGCAGACAUGUUGAUCGACUUGGCAGCAGGAAGCCCAGGAGCUUUGGGAAUCUACAAGUGGACGGUUAUGCCAUUCGGUUUAAAGAAUGUUGGAGCAACCUACCAACGGGCAAUGAAUACCAUCUUUCAUGAUCUGAUCGGGCAGUCAAUGGAGGUAUACAUUGAUGAUGUGAUCAUUAAGUCUACUGACUUUGACACACAUCUGGUUGAUUUAAAAAAUGCUUUUAUACGGAUGAAGCAGUACAACCUGAAAAUGAACCCGACAAAAUGUGCCUUUGGAGUUUCGGCAGGGAAUUUCUUGGGGUUAUUAGUGCAUGAAAAAGGGAUAGAUAUUGAUGCAAACAAAGCCAAGGCUGUUCUGACAAUGCGGCCACCUCGGUCGGUCAAAAAAGUGCAAAGUUUGUUGGGAAAGGGAAGAUUAAUGAAAUGGGCCAUCAAGUUGGCUCCUUUCGCGUUGCGACACCGACCUAUCAAAGCAGUAAAAGGGCAGGUUGUAGCCGACUUGUUGGUUGAAUUUGCAGGCGAUGAAUCAUUGGAAAACAAAGUAGUGCCGUAUAUAUGCACCAGUCCUUGGAAAAUGUUUUUUGAUGGAUCUCAUUCAAAAGGAAAGUCAGGAGCGGGGGUGAUACUAGAAGGACCAGGAGCCAGUAAAAUUAGUUUGCAGCUUCAAAUGGAAGAGAUGACUCAUAACUCUGCGGAAUACGAAGCACUGAUUUUGGAUUUGGAAGCGUUUAUCGCUAAAGGAGUACAAUCAGUCCUAAUUUGUGGAGAUUCUCAACUUGUCAUCAACCAAGUGCUAAAACGGGUGCCAGGAAUGCCAGAGUCAUGGUCCAUUAAAUCAUCUGCCAACAGUAGAACUGAAAACGAUGAGGCAGUUCCUUUGAAGAAUGCGACGCAGAAAGAGGUGAUCGAGUUCGUGCUUAAUUACAUCGUGCAUCGGUUUGGGAUUCCGCACACGCUUACAACCGAUCAAGGGUUGAUGUUUACUGGGGAAAAAUUCGUUGAGUUUUUGGCCGAAUUUAACAUCAAAUUGCAUCACUCUUCACCAUAUUACCCACAGGCGAAUGGGUUGGCCGAAGCGGCAAAUAAAAUCGUUAUUGGCAUCAUCCGGAAAAUGGUAGAAGAAAAUCCAAGGAAAUGGCAUACAUUGUUGUCUCAGGCAUUGUGGGCCCACCGAAAUAGUAGAAAUACUUCUACUGGAUUUUCCCCAUACCAAUUAACGUUUGGGCAAGAUGCUGUUUUACCUGCGGAAUUUGUUGUGCCUUCACCCAGAGUGACUAAUACAACAGCGUGUAUUGACGAGGCGUAUGCACAAAGGAUGUGGCAACAAUUGGAAGAAGUGGAUACAGAUCGAUUAAACGCUUUGGAUCAAGUGGUUAGACAUAGUGAGAUUAGGGCGAGUACUAUGGAAAAAGAGUAUUCCCUAAGGUUUUUGCAGAAGGGGAUUUGGUCUGGAAGACGAUUCUGCCGACCUAUAAGAAGGUGGAUCAACUAG